AUGCUGAAUUCUGUCGUGUUGAACAGGUUCAACAAUUUGGAGAUCUUGAGGCUAAACGACAACAGGCUGACGGAAGUGCCAGACAACGCGUUCGACAAGAUGAGCGAUAAGCUGCGUGAAAUUCACCUGCAGAGGAACGUCAUCUUGGACAUGGGGCCUUUUGCGUUCCGUGGAUUGAAGGCGCUGGAGAUCGUGGACUUGUCGGAGAAUCAAUUGAUUGAGGUUCCUGCGGGAGGUCUUUAUUUUGACAAGACUCCAAAACUCGUUGACCUCUCCCGCAACAAGAUCAUUGGUCUUGACUCCGAGGCAUUUUUGAACCCCGGAAACCCGCGUGGCAACGCUGACUUCGCAUCCAUCAUUUCCCGCGUGCUCGCACUGAGGGCGCAGCAUACUGGCGCCGCGCCACCCCCAGAACUCCAAGCCCUCUUGGGUACUUUAACCACGACCACCACUGCGUCUCCGACUCCGGAAAUCCCGUCUUCCACUUUGCCACCGACAGUGGUUCCCUCGUCCAGCUUGGACCCUCUGAGUGCUCUUCGACAGAGGGGCUUCGAUUUGUCGCUGUUCGGACCGCAAUCGCUCGGGCAAUCGUUUUCACCGGUUUUCCAGCAACCCGCUACUACGACCCCGGUCCCGACUACCACGACUACCCUGCCUCCACCGCCACCAGUCACUGCUCCACCGCAACCCGUUUUGCAAGCAGCACCCGCAAUUCCUGAAUCCGUGCUCUCAAGUCUUUCCGGCGGCAAUCAAGAAGCGCUCCUGGCUUUUCUGAGCUCCCGGUUUGAUCUCGUUCCGAGAUCAGCGGCUGCUUCUAGACCAUCAGUUGCAAAUCCUGUACAAUCAAACGUCAUUCCAGAAGUGGUAACAUCAGCUCCUCCUCCACCACCACCACCACCGUCGACCACGACCACAACCGAGGCUCCAACACCUCCACCGAGUCCAUCACCAAUUGUCGAAUUAGCUUCAGCGUGA